AUCGCAAACAAAAAUGUUGUGAAUGGUGUUCUAUCCGACGAACGUACCAUUAACUGCGGUGUGCCUCAGGGGUCAAUUCUUGGACCGUUAUUGUUUCUCACAUAUAUUAACGAUCUUCCUCAGUGUCUAAAACAUUCUACAGCUCGAAUGUACGCUGACGAUACAAACAUCGAUUCGACAGUCGAGACUACGACAGGAACAUCCAUUCGAGAAAUAGUAACACAUGCUAAUGAUGACCUAAAUAAU